UAAGAUAUGGAUUGGGAUUUUAACAAAUGUGGUUUUAACCGAGCUAACUCGUUCAUUUUCCGUUCCUAAUUACCCACCUUUCUCUUCUCUAAUAUCAUCAUCCUUCAAGUCUGAAAUUCAUUCUCAAUCUCCCAAAAAAAAAGGUUGAAGGAAGGAAAAUGAAUGCCUCAAUAAAAUCAGCCCUAAAAUUCCCACAAUCCAGUUUCUUUCAUAUAAAGUCUGCAUUUUUCCAUUCUACCGCAGCUCUUGGGCGAGGUCGACGCAAUCCCUGGACUGCUAGAUACAAGAAUAAUAAUAACAGUUAUAACAGAAGAGCAGGUUAUAGAAGGAACCAUUUCAAGCAAAAUUUAAUGCGGAAUGCGAACGCCUAUGUUGAUCACCUAUUUGAGAGCUGGCACUCCGACUCUGACCAAGAUGACCAGUCAGCUAAGGGCCCUUCGUGGUUCAGAAAACCUCAUAAUGGAUCAGGAAGGAAUUCUUCUCAUACCCAGGGACGUCAAAAGAGAGGAAGAAGAGGAUUCAGUUUUUGUGAAGAUGAUGAUGAUGUUCAGAGACUUGAGACCAUAUUCCAAUCCGCAUUUAGCGAUCGAUUUUUCUUCUGGUCAUUUGUGAAUGAUGAUUACUCUGAUAGGAGGAACUCAUCACGAUAUUCUAAUAGUGGUAAGACCUCUUGGAAAAGGAGACAGUGGAUUGAAGACGAUGAUGAAUACGAGUACAUGUCAGAAGAUGACACGAAGUCAUCAGAUCUAGCUUCAGAGAGGAUAGCUCUUGGGCUGAGUGCUUCUGGUCCCCUAAAACUUGAUGAUGUGAAAAAUGCGUACCGAUCCUGUGCCUUAAAAUGGCACCCUGACCGUCACCUAGGAACCUCCAAAGCUGCUGCAGAGGAGAAGUUCAAGCUUUGUACUUCAGCAUAUCAAUCUUUGUGCGAUAGACUAGCUAUGAAUUGAGAUAUAGGUGCCCUUCUUUUAAAUCCACCAUGCCUCAACUAGCUUUUUACCGUUUUCAAGAGCUUUAGGUGAGUAAACAACGCACUUGAAUUUGGUUGCAAUUUCCAGUUUGUGGCCUGAUGGUAAAGAUCGUUUCUGGGGCAGAGCCACCAUCAUGGUUCAAAUCCUACUGUUUCCAGUACCCCACCUUUCCAUAAGGGCAUUGUAUCUGAGUGGGUCUUGAUUGUAGGCGGACUAAGCUGAACUAGGGGUAAGAAGCUUUGCUCAUGUUGCCGAGCAAUGUUAGUGCAUCAUCCCCAUGUAGGCGUGUACUUUAGUAGUACAGUUAGAAAUGUAGUGCUUUUCUUUGGUAGAUGUUGAAUGUGAAAACUUGUGUCUCACGGUGAGACUUGUAUAUUUGGUGCUGUAAAUUUCCUUCUGAAGGUAGGCUUUUGGUUAUUAUAUACUGAAAUAUUUAGCGACUGGUUGUGCGACAUCUGUCGGUUGUCACUAAACUUGUAGUUUCACAUUGAUUUUAGAUGCAGUCUUACACAACAUCUA